AUGACCGAGUCCGAGGAGAUCCUCGAGUGCUUCUACGUCCUCCUCGCUGUGGAGGACACGGCCACCGAGUCGGACAUCCGGCAGGCCUACCGGAAGCUGGCGCUCCAGUACCACCCGGACAAGAACCCCGAGGGGCAGGAGCAUUUCCUGAAAAUCAAGGAAGCCUAUGAGGUCCUGAUCGACGCCGACCGGCGUCGUGAGUACGACGAAGUGCGCAACAUGCCGGAGGACGUCUUCGAGCAGGAGUAUGCCGCGCACGUGGGCCGGCCCCCUGGCCAGGGGCCCGCGCAGCCGCAGCACUCGCCGCCGCGCCACUCCCCGGGCUCCGGCCAGCGCAAUGCGCACGCCCACCACCACCACCACCACCACCACCACGCCCACCACCACCACGCCCACCACCAUGCCCACCACCACCAUGCCCAGCAGCAGCAGCACCAGCAGCAGCAGCAGCAGCAACGGCACGGGUGGCAGCCGCCGCCCGGCCAUGGCGGGCCGGACCCCGAGCAGGCGUACUUCUUCUCGGGCUUCCAGUUCAAGUGGGGCCGCAGGCCGUCGGACGCCGGCCCGGACCCCGGGGCCCGGACCCCCUCCGACGACAGCCUCCUGAGCAGCGAGGAGGAGCCGGCCGCCCGGCCGGAGGGCGGGUUCGCCGGGGCCCGGCCCCGGGGGCGGCCGGAGCCCAGCUGGCGCGGCCGCGGCGACGACCGGCCCUACUCGCCGGAGGGGGGCUGGCCGCCGGCGGGCCCGGCCCCGGGCCGGUCGCCAGGCCCCGGGUCGCCGGCAGCCCGGCCUGGCACCCGGCCAGCCGCCACCGGCGGCACGUCGUACGCCUUCACGCACGGCGCCCGGCCGGGGGGGCCCGGCCCGGGGGAGCGCUCCCCGCCGUCGCCGGCCCCGGCCCCGGCCCCGGCCCCGGCCCCGCCACCGAUGGCGACCACGACAGCGACAGCCGCGGCCGGGCCGCACAGCCCGCCGGCGGCUGGCGGCCCCCACGCCGGCCGCCACCACGGGGCGCCCCACAUGAGGUGGUCCGCCUGGACGGAGGCCGGCCCGGCCCCGGGCGAGGCCCCUGGCGAGUGGUUCACCCAUGCCCGGGCACCGGCCGGUGGCUGGUAUGGCGCCAGCCGGGGGGCCGCCGGCCCGGCCGGGCCGUCGGUCCCGCCGCCGCCCAUGCAGGCGGUCGACCCGCCGGCGAGUGGGCCGCGCGUGCGGGACGGCCCCUUCGCCUGGGCCGGCGCCAUGCCGGCGGCCGGCGCAUACGUGCCCUUCCGGCCGGCGGCCGGCCCGCCACCGGGCGCACACACCCGCCACCCGGCCAAAGACCCCUCCCGGCCGGGGGAGGCGCCCUUCGCGCGGGGCGGCCCGGGGGGCUAUGCCCAGGGCCCGGUGUCGCCGUCGACGCUGUGCGCAUCGCCCCGGAUGGCGGGGUCGCCGUCGCCGCCGCCGCCGCCGCCGCCGCCGCCGUCACCGCCGCCACUUGGGCCCUCGAUGGCGGCGGGCGCCAGCUUCGCCAUGCCGUGGACCGCGCGGGCCACCGGGCCGGCUGGGGCCAGCGCGCGGGUCCCGCCGCCGCCCAUGCAGAGCAUCGACCCGCCGGGGGGGAGGAUGGCGGCCGGCCGUGGGCCGGCAUACGGGCCGGCCAUCCCCGGGGCCGGCCUGCGCGCGGCCUUUGACCGCUUGAAUGUCUGGUCGGGCGCCGGGCCCGGGGGGGCAUCAUCCUCGUCGGAGGCCCUGGGCCCGGACUCGGCGGGGCCCUCCAGCGGCGAGUCCUCCAGCGAGUGGCUGCCGUGGGCCGCCGCGGGCCCCGGCCGGGGGAGCGCCCUGUCCUCGGGCCAGGCGACCCCCCGGCGCGGGCCCGGCGGCAGCAUGACCAGCCGCUGGGGGGUGGCCGGGCGCGGGGCCGGGGGCCCGCCAACCGGCGGGCUCUUCCAGAAGCCCGGCGCCUGGAAGGCGGCCGCCGCCGCCGCGGAGCCGGAGCCCUCGUCCUCCACCUCCUCGACGGGGUUCUUUUCGACGAUGGCGCGGGAGCGGCGGCGCGCGGCGGCGGCCGCCGCCGCCGCCGCGGCCGCCACCAUGCCCGGCGACCGGCCCGGCGAUACUGAAGUCCUCCGGCCCGGCGGCCGGUGGGUCGCCGACGCCGCGGCCGACAACGACUCGGACCUGAUCGAGCUCCAGGUGAAGAUCAGCCUGCGGGACUUGGCCUCGGCCGGGGGGGGGCCCGGCGGCGGCGGCGGCGGCGGCGGCGGCGGCGGCGGGGCCGCCCCCCGGCGGGUGGGCUACCACCGGCGGUCGGCGUGCAGCGAGUGCUCCGGCCGCGGCCGGGUGUUCGACCUGCCGGGGCUGGACCGGCUGCCCUUGGCCCGGGGCCAGCGUGCGGCCGGAUCGACCGGUGCCGCCGCCGCCGCCGCCGCCGCCACCACCACCACCGAUAGCGAGCUUCGCCGGCGCAUGGCCCGGCAGCGGUGCGAGGAGUGCGCCGGCACCGGGACCGUCCUGGAGCAGGCCACCCUCUGCCUGGGGCCCGGGGCCGAGGAGCUGCUCCGGCCGGCUGGCCCCGGCGCCGGCGUGCGCUUCCACGGCAUCGGGCACAUUCGCCUGCUCGGGGCCGAGGGGCCCGGGCAGCCGGGCGGCCAGUCGCGACCCGGCCCGGACCCGGGGGCCGCCGCCGGCCGGAGCGCCGGCCGCGGCGACGUCCUGGUCCAGUGUGUGGAGGUGCCGGACCCGGUGUUCCGCCGGGUGCCCGGCCAGCCGGGCGACCUGGAGGCCGACGUCGAGUGGACCGACCCGGAGCGCUGGCUGCGCCGGGCCGAGCGCGAGGCGGCCAAGCGGGCGGCCGGCCGCCGCCGAGCCGGGAAUGGCUCGCUGGCCGGGCGGUCACGCGCCGGUGGCCAGGCCGCCGCCGCCGCCGCCGCCGUGGCCGAAGCCGCCGCCGCCACCGAGACCUGCACCAUCACGCGGACCUUUCGCCUGCGGCGCCCGGCCGACGGGUCGGACUUGGAAAUCCCCAUGUGCGUGACGACCGACGUCCUGGCGGCGGCGCUGCGCCGGCGCGACGAGCAGCCACCCGACCCGGAGCAGGACGGCCCGGCGGCCGACCGCCGGCGCCUGAUCGACGUGCUGGUCCUGCCGGGGGAGGGCCUGCCGCGGGGGGGCGCGCCCGGCGCCGGCCGGGGGGCCUUGCGCCUGCGGGUCCUGGUCCCGGCGGCGCCCGGGCCCGCGUCCGGCCCCGGCGCCGGGCGCAACAGCGUCCUGGCCGCGGCGGCCAUGGCCGCGCGCAGCUGGCGGCAGUACCGCCAAUCGCGCGCCGAGACCGGCCCCCGGCCGGCCGACGUGGUCGAUGUCGAGGAUGACGAAGACCACGAGGGGGAGGGCGGCGGGCCGCCCGGCGCCCGGGCUCGGGCCCGGGCCGGCGACCCCACCGACCUGGCCAGCCGCCGGGUGCCGGUGGCGACGGCCAUCAGCCGGGCCGGCCGCGGCCCCCCCGGGCCCGGGUCGGCCACCGCCGGCAGCCUCGGGUCCUUCGGCCAGGCGGUGCGAUCGCUGCUGUCGCUGGCCGGCCUGCGCCGGGCCCUGCGGCCGCACGCGGCUGACCGGGCCCCGGGCGCGAGCCCGGCCCCGGCCCCGGCCAACCCCAUGGACGCGGCCCACCGGGCCACGGCGGCCUUCACGCAAACGCGCGCGGCCGGCUCCGGCUCCGGCUCCGGCGGGUGGUCGGGCAUCUCGCGCACCCACGCCUCCAUGCGGGCCUAUGCCAAGGAGCAGCAGCGCCAAGAGAAGGAGCGCCGGCGCCAGGAGCAGGAGGCCCGGCGCCAGGAGCAGUAUCGCCAGCGCCAGGACGCGCAGGCGCGCCACCGCGAGGAGCAUCUCCGGCAGGUGCAGGACCGCGAGCAGCGCCGGGCCGGCGGGCGCUCCUGGUUCGGCCCGGGGCCCGGGGCCGCCGGCAAGCCGGCGGCCGCGCCCGGCUCGACGACGCCGCCGCCGCCGCCCCUUCACGCGGCCGACGGGCCCGGCCCGCAGCAGCCGGUGCGGGCGCACAUGGCCGCGCCCGCGGUGCCGCCCCGCCCGGCCGAGCAGCCGCCGAUGCCAGCCUCGCCGGGGGCCUCGCACGGCGGCCUGGCCGACAUGGUGUCCGAUGCGUCGACCGCGGCCCUGCCCUCGGCGAACCACAGCUCGCACGGCAUCAACCGGGGCGAGGCCCAUGCACGGGGCCCCGGCGACCCGGUGCCUUCGAUGGCCGCUGGAGGGGGGGGCCUGGCCGAGGCGGCCCCGGUCCCCGGCGAGGAUCCCCUGCUGGAGGACGACCUGUCGGGGUUCUUCCGGACCCUGCGCACGACCGCCGCCCCGGGCCCGGCCAAGCCGCCGCCGGUGGCGGCACCCGGGGCCAAGCUCAACAACCCCUUCCAGGAGGAGUACCACCGCAUCCAUGGCGACGGGAUGCCGGCGACGGCACCGACGCUGCCCCCGCGCCCGGGCACCGAGGCCGAGCAGGCCGGCCGGUACUUCCACGCGCGCGCGGCGGCCGCCGGCCGGCAGCCGUGA